CUCCCAAGGCAGGCAGGCCCGAGCGGCUCGCGUCCCCCCGCGCCGCCCCCCCCCGUCCGCGCUGGCGUCGCCCCGCCCGCGCUCCCCCGAUGGACGGGCCCGCGAUGGCCGCGCCCGCGUGCCCAACGCCGUUCCCGGGACACUCCCUGCACAGGCGACUCCGGCAGCUGCCCGACGCCCCCGCGUGGGCCGCCUACCUGCCGGCUGGGCUCUACCCUGGGGGCCUGCCGUCCCCCACUGGCAAGGCGCCCUCGGCCGGCUCGACGGCCUCGAGGGGGACGGUCUCCUCCGCGGCCUGCGGGUGCCGCGGCCGCGUCUGGGCCCUGUCCCGCGACCCGGCGGGCUGCCGCGAGGUGCAGCAGGCCUUCGACCUGGCGGCCGAGGAGGAGCGGGUGGCGCUCGCGCGCGAGCUGCGCGGGCAUGUCCACGAGGCGAUGCGCUGCCCGCACGCGAACUACGUCCUGCAGAAGGCGCUGUCGUCGCUGCAGCCCGAACAGCUCGACUUCGUUGUGGAGGAGCUGGGCAGCAAGGGGCCCGUGGGCAUCGUCCAGGCCGCCCGGCACAAGUACGGCUGCCGCAUCGUCCAGCGGCUCUUGGAGCACGGCGGCGGGGCCCAGGCCGACCGCGUGGCGGAGGCGCUCUGUGCGGACGCGCUCGAGAACUGCCUCCACCCUUACGGCAACUACGCGAUCCAGAAGGUCCUGCAGCACAGCGAUCCGGCCCGGCGCCGCGCCCUGGUGGGGCUGCUGCGGGAGCACGUGGCCGCGCUCGGCGAGGACGCCUACGGGUCCUCGGUGCUCACGAAGGCGCUCGCCUGCGGCGCCAGGGACGAGCAGCUGCUGCUGGUGCGGGCGAUGCUGGCGACCCCGGGGCUGCUGGCGCAAAUGCCGCGGCGUCGCGGCGGGAACAUCUCGGCCAGGCUGGCCCUGAAGCUUCUGGAGGGCAAAGAGCUGGAAGAGGCGAAGCGGCAGCUCGACGGGCCUUACCACACGACCGGUGGGGGCCGCGCCACGACGCCGCGGGGUGCUAGACAGGGCCGCGGCCACCGCCGCGCCCCGCCCCGCUCCCGAGGCAUCCAUUGCAUGCAGUCUGGGUUGAAGACGGAGUGUGCACUAGUGCGCCUUUGAGCCGUCACCGAUUUUGCCGCAGCGCGCUUCGCGUGGCUGAGGCCGCAUGAUGUUUAGCAUCUGGCUUAUUAGCUCUGAGGUGCUCUCUUAGUGUUGCGGUGGAGAGCCAGCACAAGUUCGUAGUCUUGUGCCGCACAGUGACACCUAAAGAUUCGCAGGGUCGGUGCCCACAAGAAGCACCGAAGCGCAGGUGUUUGCGUCCAGGUCAUCGUCCUCCUCGCCCUCAUCCUUCAUUCUUCUUCCUCCCUCUUCUCAUAAACCUCUGUCCUCCCUUUUCCCUCCUUUGCCCUCCUCCCCCAGCCCUUCUCUUUUCCCUCCCCCCGUCCCCCGCUCAGAAACCUCUGGGCGGCUUCUUCUGCCCUGCGCGGUGGCCUCCCCGUCUGUCUGCGGCCACAGCCAGCGCAAGCCUGGCGAGGGCGUCGCUUCGGCCUGGGCCCACUCCCGCCGACGCCGGCCGCAGAAAAGGCAGCGCUCUCGACGACCACGUCGACGAUGGCGAC